AUGUCUUCUGAAGAUACUUUGAUACACUCUGAUGACCCACGCCAUCCUGCAAAUCUCAUCUGCACGCUCUGCAAGCAAUUCUUCUACAACAAUUGGUGCACAGGAACUGGCGGUGGUAUCUCAAUAAAAGACCCUGAAACAAGCCAUUACUAUCUGGCACCGUCUGGGGUGCAGAAGGAGCAAAUGAGACCUGAGGAUUUGUUCGUUAUGGACGCUCAAACUUUGGACUACUUGCGUGCUCCCAAAUUAUACAAGCCAAGUGCGUGCACUCCACUGUUUGUAGCAUGCUAUCAAAAGAAAGACGCAGGUGCUAUAAUCCAUACGCAUUCUCAAAAUGCUGUGGUGUGCUCUUUGAUCUUUGGUGAUGAGUUCAGAAUUGCGAACAUCGAACAAAUCAAGGCUAUUCCGAGCGGGAAAGUGGACCCUGUGACCAUGAAACCUAUAGCGCUGUCGUUUUUUGACACGUUGAGGAUCCCCAUCAUUGAAAACAUGGCACACGAGGACGAAUUGAUCGAUGACUUGCACAAGACCUUUAUCGAUUAUCCGAACACAUGCGCCGUGAUAGUGCGGAGGCACGGUAUCUUCGUUUGGGGCCCCACCAUCGACAAGGCCAAGAUAUUCAACGAAGCCAUCGAUUAUUUGAUGGAACUGGCUAUAAAGAUGCACAAACUGGGAAUUCCUUCUGACUGUGGCAUUGGGGAAGAGAAGAAGCACUUGGCAGGGCCAUAA